GUUUCUGGCACUAACGUAACUUCGACCUCGUACUUCGUACCAACAUUGCUAACGCCGAGCACUUCGGCCGGACACUUGCUUCACGUCUUCGCCGCAAACGACUCGACUGCGACGUAGCUUCGCACGAAACCUACACGUCAUUCUGCCGCCCGACACAGUCCCGGGCUUGUUCCAGUACUACUCGAGGCGAACGAGCGCGAAACCUCGCCUCCCGCUUCAGCCUGCCGCGGCGCAAGUUUCUGCACGUCAUCCGGGUCCUUGAGUCACAACCGACGCAGCCGCCUCUCGAUGCGCGAGGCUUCAGCCAACGGCACGACAGCUGGACAUUAGCAGAGGGCUGCCGAAAGCCGUCAAGAACCGCUGCGGACUCACAUCGCCGAAUCGCCGUCAUGGACUUCAACAGCUCGUCGCCCUUUCCGGAGGGCGUCAUCUCCUUCCUCGACACCGACUUGUACAAGUUGACGAUGCAAUGCGCCGUCUUCAAGUUUUUUAAGGAUAUUGAGGUGACUUAUGCCUUCACAAACCGGACGCCCGACAAGAGGCUGUCGCGGGCUGGCUUCAAGUGGCUUGACGAGCAAAUUAGAAAGCUCGGCAACAUUUCGCUGCUCAACGACGAGUAUCUGUUUCUCCAAUCGCACUGCCCGUACCUUACGCCUGACUAUCUCGAGUACUUGAGGGAGUUUCGACUGCGACCACGCGACCAGGUUACCGUUACGUUUGCGCCUCUUGGCGAGGACACCGGCGCCGACACCGACCUCGGCGACAUCGAUAUCAACAUUCGGGGCACAUGGUCCGACACCAUUCUGUACGAAAUUCCGAUCUUGGCGCUCACGUCAGAGGCCUAUUUUCGGUUCAUGGACACGGACUGGAGCUAUGACGGACAGGAGGAGCAAGCCUUCGCAAAGGGCUUGAAGCUCUUGGAAGCCGGCUGCAUCACCUCCGAAUUUGGCACGCGGCGGCGGAGAGAUUACCACACGCAAGCACUCGUGUUCCGCGGCCUCGUCAAGGCGUCCAAGGAGGCUGCCGCCAAGGGGUUUCCUGGCAAGCUCUCGGGCACCAGCAAUGUCCACCUGGCUAUGCGCUUCGGCAUCCCUCCAGUCGGUACGGUAGCUCACGAGUGGUUCAUGGGCACGGCUGCCAUCAUGGGCGACUACAAAAACGCGACAGAAGAGGCAUUGCGACAUUGGGUCAGCUGUUUUGGAUCGAACCUAGCCAUUGCGCUGACGGACACAUUUGGUACCCGGGAGUUUCUGCACGCCUUCAGUCAGCCCAUUCGCCCUGUUGAGGGUGGGUUGUCCAGAGAUGCUUUCCAGAAACCCGACGGCAGCAUGAAGACGUACGCCGAGCUCUUCACCGGCGUCCGACAGGACUCUGGAGACCCCGCCGAGUACGUCAAGACGAUGCGCGAGUACUACGACUCGGAGGGCAUCAAGGACAAGAAGGUCAUUGUGUUUUCCGACUCGCUCAAUAUUGAGCGCUGUCUCGAGUACAAGCAGGUGUCGGACGAGUACGGCUUCCAGCCUACCUUUGGUGUCGGAACGUACCUGACGAACGACUUUGUCCACCUCUCCACCGGCACCAAGUCGGUCCCUCUGAACAUCGUUAUCAAGCUGAGCUCGGCUGCAGGGCGGCCAGCCAUCAAGAUCAGUGACAACAUCGGAAAGAACACGGGAGAUAAAGACUUGGUAGAAAAGGUCAAGCGCGAGCUCGGGUACGUGGAGCGCGAGUGGAAGGAAGGAGACGAAUCUGCCCGCUGGGGAAAAGAAGAGGCUGCCUAGAUGCCCCAGUUAGAAUUAGACGGUUCGCCACCGGAUGCGAGAGACUGCGCGCGCUGCUGCAUAGGCUUUAUAAGAACUCACAUACAAUGUCAAUGGCAUCGAGUGCGAGCUCAGCUCAGGACACUGGAUGCUGGCUGGGUUGGCAAUUCAUGCGCGGUGCGGGCCGCCUUGGCCAGUCUGCUUGCCCAACACUGAUGACGAUAGACCUAGCUUGUCAACCCACCUUGAUUCGAACGCGAACCAGGCACGAGCAACG